GUUUCGGUCGGAUAUCGUUACCGGACCAGAUCAAGGCCAUUCUAUCCGUGUUUUCAGACGCCUAGGGAUCGCGGCUGGUGGGGCACAGUUAGAGGCUGCUGUAGCAAAGGAUGAGCGGAACCUUGGAAAAGGUGCUGUGCCUGAGGAACAAUAUCAUUUUUAAGCAAGCCUUUUCCUUCCUAAGGUUUAGAACUUCAGGAGAGAAUCCCAUCUAUUCUUCAGGUGGCAUUCUGCUGAGUACCUAUCGGCACUACAAGACAAAGCCCAGCCAUGGUAUUGGAAGAUACAAGCACCUAAUUAAAGCACAAGAGCCCAAGAAGAAGAGGACAAAAGUGGAAGUGAGAUCCAUUGAUUUGGGGACAGAUUAUGAAUAUGGUGUUUUAAACAUUCACCUUACUGCAUAUGACAUGACCCUGGCAGAGAGUUAUGCCCAAUAUGUUCACAACCUCUGCAACCAACUCUCCAUUAAAGUCGAAGAAAGCUAUGCGAUGCCUACCAAAACCAUGGAGGUGUUGCGGCUGCCAGACCAAGGCAACAAAAUGGUCCUGGACUCAGUCCUCACCACCCAUGAGCGAGUGGUUCAGAUCAGUGGUUUGAAUGCUACAUUUGCAGAGAUUUUCUUGGAAAUAAUCCAAAGCAAUCUUCCUGAAGGAGUCAGAUUGCUAGUGAAGGAGCAUACUGAAGAAGACUUCAAGGGACGGUUCAAAGCUCGACCAGAACUGGAAGAACUGUUGGCCAAGCUGAACUAGCUAUUGCAGAACUACAGUAUGCCAGCUAGUGGUCAUAUUGAGUGCCAAGGAGAGGAGCUUCCCAGGUGGUCACAGUUAAGUAGGAGACCCGAGACCCUAACCCUUAGAUUUCAUAAGUUCUCAUUCCUACUGCCAGGAAUGCCUUCUCUCCUCUGUGGCACGGCUAUGCUUGCCAGUUGUUACAACUAACCCUAAUUAUCCUUCAUCUAAUAAAAAUUUGCUAUUGCU